GAAUGCAAAACAUGGAGAAAACGCGGGAUUGAUUUCAUUUUUUCGUUGUUUUGCGCCUACACUGCGAUGUAAUCAGCUGAAUUCGAAUUCUGAAUGGCCGCUCACUAUUUGAAAAGUGGCGAAAUUUAAAAUUUUCGACAAUUAAUUCGUCGUGUUUAAUACGUAGCUAAUUAUUCGCGCAGUGUGUUGUCCACGAACAUUACAUCUUUAUCCUGUAACACCUUCUGCAUGGAUUAUCUCUCACAAUGAUGAACGACAUAGACAGCGAUCCCGUCGAAGCUCUGAUAUCGUUAAAAAACGGCAUCUCCAAGAAAAUGAACGGCGCCCACGAAGAAGAAACCGAAAAACAACAACAACUGUCUCUAUUUGGCCUCAAACGAGUCGAAGAAGUGGCGAAAAUCCAAGCGGAAAAAUUACAACAGCAGCCUCGAAACGUCGAACAAGUUCUUAAUCGACGCGGAACUCCGGCUCGAGUUCGCAAGAAGAAUAAACUGUUCUUCGACGACGAUAUUUAUAACGCAACGUUGACCAAAAAAGAGACCAGAACACCCGAUAAGAGACAAUCAACACCGAAACUCAAAGCUAAAACACCUACGCCUUCUAAACGACCAGUCAAGAAAAUCGUAACACCUGCUAAACCUCUCAUUAUUACCGAACCACCUACCGCUUCGAAAAUAACCCCGACGAGUAGUUCAUCUACUACAUCAGCUGAAAACAAAAUCAAUCAGAUAAUCGGCCUGAAGUUGCGUAAUUUAUUAAAAUUACCCAAAGCUUACAACUGGGUAUGUGCCGAGUGGUUUUACAGUAAUAUUGAUCGACCGUUGUUUUUAGAAAACAACGAUUUUAUCAUCUGCUUGAAAGAAUCGUUCCCUCAGUUAAAAACGUAUAAUCUGACUAGAGCCGAAUGGUGUAUGGUACGUCGAAUGAUGGGUAAACCGCGCCGCUGUUCGCAGAAUUUCUUCGCCGAAGAGAUGCGUGAAUUGGAACGUCGCCGGAGUAAAAUCAGACUUCUGCAGCAACGUAAAGCUUCAGAAAUCAGCACUUUUAAAGACGUUCCCGAAGAAAUCCCUCUACAACCGGUCAUCGGUACCAGUGUGACGGCUCGUUUGAGAACCCCUAAAAAAGGUCUAUUCACUGGUAAAAUUGACGCCGUCGAUACGUCGAAUAAUACUUACAGAGUGAGCUUCGAUAAACCCGGAUUGGGCACGCAUUCGAUACCAGAUUACGAAGUACUUUCCAACGAAACACCCGAAACGUUUUCGAAAUCAUCGCUGCUCCAAUCCUUACGACCUCGUAAUAUAACUUCCAUCCAGUUAUCGAAUAAAAUGGUCCGCGAGCCUUUACUACUCCCCAACGAUCCGAUGCUGAGUAUGGCCUCCGGUAGCAAGUUGAACGUCGAUAAUGGUAUGAUCGGAGAGUAUCCGUUCGAAGUGAUCAAAACGAUCGUUCGUUUGAAAAAAAUACUCUACAUUAAAAAAGCCCAAAUACAAAGCUUACGCGAAAUGAACGCCGAAACCGAACGAAUGGAUUUAUACGGUCAACAAGUCACCGAAGAAUUUCAAACUCGUUACGCCGGAAACAUAAUAGCGUUGGAAAUAAUAAACCACGAUCUCGGUGAAACCAUCAAUUCGUUAAAUCAGCACCUUAAACAGCUCGGUCCCAAUGAAGCAGUCUCGUCUAUACUAUCUCCGGCCUAUCUACAAGAUCAGAGUUCAACUCUGGCCAAAGAAUUAGUCGAGAAAAAUAACGCCAUGACGACCGAUCCUUCGAAACUGGUCGUUGAAGAUGACUCGAUGCUCGAACUAAUCACUAAUCUAACCGCUCUCAUGUUGCAGAUUAAAAGCUUAGCUGAAAACGACCGUAAACCGUACGAAGUUGACGUACUGAAGAAAACCAUGAUCCAAAUCAAGCUCAAAUUGAGCCCGAGUAACCAAAAGGUAUUCGAAAGCUGCGUUGAAGUUCACAUGCAGCAUAUACAAAACGGACUUAGUGGGUAUAAAAGUUUCGUAACAUCGUAACUCGAAAUCUAGAGAGAAAACUAAGUAUACGAUAUCGUUGAACGAAUCAUUCACUAGUACAAUUUUCGCACUUUCGAAUCGAUGUACCAAUUUAGAAUGUAAAUUAUAACCUAUUUUUUUUUCCAUGUACAUACAUAAUGUUUUAUUUCCAUUUUUGUGGUUGUAAUUUUUAACGAUGACCAACGUUCGUAAUGACUUUAGCAUUGUGUAUUCUGUAUUAGCUAAUUUAGUUCGCUUCUUCGCUGCAAUUUUAUUCCAAAAAAUUGUAAUUUCUAAGUGUUGAAUCAUUUGAAUAAAUGUAUUGUUUUUUUA